ACCUGAGCUGUUCCCAGCUGAUGUUUUGGGGUUGAUUUUUAACAGCUUAAUCAGACUGGAAGGCAGAGCUGGAGCCCAAGGGGAGAGUCCAUCCCAUUCCCAGCAUUCCAACCUUUUUUUUUCCAUGAUUUUCCAUCAUUUUCCAUGAUUUUCCAUCAUUUUCCAUGAAUUUCCAUCAUUUUCCAUCAUUUUCCAGGCUGUUUUUGCAGCAGUCUCAGAUAAAUAUCGAGGGAAAUUUAAUUGAGCAACUUCCCCUGAGCUCAGCCUGCCAGGGAAAGGUGUGAAAAUUCCUGCAGGGUUUUUUGUUCCUUCCUAAUUUCAUCGUGUGCUUUCAUUAGUGGCGUUAAUGACAUAAUCAAAUCCAAAAAAAACCCCAAAAAAAUGGGAGUUGUGAAAGGGGAUUUAAGUAAAUUAAAUGGGAAUUGUGGCUCCAUCCACGCCUGUGUUCAGUGAGCUGAGUGUGGGAUUUGUUUGUUUUAAUUCCCAAUUAUUGAAUUGAAUUUUUGAAUUAUUGAAUUGAAAAGUCCUUUUAAGUUUCCCCUCUCUUGUCUUUUCUCUCCUCAGAUUAAAUUCCUCCUGUUUGUUUUUCGAGUACACCGAAUUUUUUUGGGCAUCAAUGGCUUUGCCAUUCCCGUGCUUCUGGGGUUUUCCAGGGGGAAAAAAAAGCAAAUAUUUCUCAGCAAAUAGGGGAUUAUUUGCUUUGCAGUUUGUCUGUCUCUGCUGGGACAAACCUUUCUGCAAGAGAAAUCUUUCACAGCUUCGGGACAGGCUGAAAUUCACAUUUAUUUAGGAAUCACAGCAUUUUAGAGAGCACAGAAUUAGAAUCAAGUCCUAAUUUUUAGCAUUCAAAUCCCCAAAUUCCACAUCCACCGUGCUGUUAAAUCCCUCCAGGGAUGAGGAUUCCAGCCCAAAAUUUUCCAUGAAGAAAUUUUCCCCUAAAAAUGUGAUUUAAACCUCCCCUGGCACAAGUUGAGGCUGUUCCCUCUGCUCCUGUCCCACCCCAUUCCCACAAUCCUGCCAUGGUUUGGGUUGGAAAAACCUUCCAAAAACUCAAAUCCCUCCCUUUUUUCUCAUAUUUCAGGCCUCUUCUUCCUGCUGGAAUUUGCUGUUGAUCUGAGCUGGGAAAAAUACAGAAAAAUAGGAAUUUCAGGCAGGAGCUGUAGCUCUCCUGCCCCCGUGGAAGUGUGACUGGUAUGGGUAAUGGUGUGAGAGAAGGUCCAGUGGAAUUCCAGAGGGAUGUGGAGCCCGUCACGGCUCGAAUUCCGGCAGAGGAUAACCAGGAGAAGAAGAAAGUGCUGAACUCCCUGAUAUCUGGGGCACUGGCUGGGGCUGUGGCUAAAACUGCAGUGGCUCCUCUGGACAGGACAAAAAUCAUGUUCCAAGUGUCUUCAAAAAGAUUUUCUGCCAAGGAAGCCUACAGGCUGAUUUAUCACACCUACCUCAACGAGGGCUUCUGGAGCCUCUGGAGAGGGAAUUCCGCCACCAUGGUCCGCGUCAUCCCCUACGCCGCCAUCCAGUUCUGCGCCCACGAGGAGUACAAGCAGAUCCUGGGGAAUUACUACGGAUUCCAGGGAAAGGCACUGACGCCUUUCCCUCGCUUCAUUGCCGGCUCCCUGGCUGGCACCACGGCUGCCAUGGUCACCUACCCCCUGGACAUGGUCCGUGCCCGCAUGGCUGUCACGCCCAAGGAGAUGUCUGCUCUCCCCGUGUCCCCACGCCAGGUACAGCAGCAUUGUCCACGUCUUCAUCCGGAUCUCCCGGGAGGAGGGGCUAAAAACCUUGUACAGGGGCUUCACACCCACCAUCCUGGGCGUCAUUCCCUACGCCGGCCUCAGCUUCUUCACCUACGAGACGCUGAAGAAAGUCCACGCAGAGCACAGCGGGAAGGCGCAGCCCUCGCCCCCGGAGCGGCUGCUGUUCGGGGCGUGCGCCGGCCUCAUCGGGCAGUCGGCCUCGUACCCGCUGGACGUGGUGCGGCGCCGCAUGCAGACUGCCGGCGUGCUGGGCCACACCUACAGCUCCAUCCUGCUCACCAUGCAGGAGAUCGUCAGGGAGGAGGGACUGGUGCGAGGGCUCUACAAAGGGCUCAGCAUGAACUGGGUGAAGGGCCCCAUCGCCGUGGGGAUCAGCUUCACCACCUUCGACCUGACGCAGAUCCUGCUCCGCAAGCUGCAGCAGAGGUAGUGGCUCGGUGGCCGGCGUGUAGAAAGAGCAGUUGGUUCUUCCCUGGCCUCCCACGUGCUCCUGCAGCUGAGAACUCGCCCGUUUGGGGUUUGGUUUGUUAGGGUUGUUUUUUUUUCCCUGUUGUUGUUGGAUUUUUUAUUUUAUUUUUUUUUCCCCCCCACACUUUUUAAUUUGGAAGCCUAACUGUUCCCUAAGUGAAAAAUUCCCGAUCCUGCAGAGCUGAGUCCUCCCAAACAGCUGCCUCACCCUUCUGAUGGACUCUGCCCCCAGGAGUGGAGCCUCCCCACCCCACCUGUGCUGCUCCUGGCUCCUCACCUGGCUCUCCGAGGGCAGAUGGAAGCUGUGGAUGAUGGAAGAGGGGGCUCGGAGCUGUUGGGAAUGACCCCCGGAUGUGGGAAGUGGCAGAUCUGCAGCUCCCUGCAGCCUGCCAAGUGCAAUAUCCCAGUGUAGUCCGCAGGGAAUUCCUGUGAGAGCAGGACACUACGCUUGUUCCGAAAGCUGAAUGUUUUCUCUGGCUGGGAAUCCUGCCGUUUUUCCAUGAAUUUUCCUUGGUUUUGGGUUGAGCUGCAUCAACCACCCUCGUUUGUGGCGUCCCUCUGAGAUUACCAAAGACUGGAGGCAGCAGAGGAGGGGAGUUUUGAGCCCUCCCAUAAAGGAAAUUUUCCUCUGUGUGUUGUCGCUGAGCCAGGGCUGUGCCUGGAUUCCCAAACUGGAUCCGCUCCCAGCUGCGUUGGUGUUUUCCUCCUGCGCUGCCCUGCCCUGGAGAGAGGCAGCGUUUUCCAGGGGUGUGGAUGCACUGAGGAAGGAGGCGUCCCAUCCUUCAAAAUCCCAUUUCUUUUGGUCAGUGUUACAUGUGCACCGUGUGAGAACAAACCCUGCUGCAGCCAGGGCUGUCCCCCCAAAAAAAACCCUGUCCCUGGGAGCUGAUCCCAGCUCCUGGAUGUCCUGCUUUGGUACCUGCUGCGUGGGUGGUGUCACCUCUCUUCACAAACUCAUCCCCUCUGCUGUUUCAUCCCUAAAAUUCCUCUUGGAAUCGAGUCCUUGUGGGCACCGCAGCGUUGAGCCUACAGUGCCAAUCGCUUCCAGCUGGAAUUGGACAAGGAGCGCUCAAGAACUUCUCAGUGUUCCUCUUUGAAAUCAGUUUUUUCAGGGAAAUGGAGAUUUAUUUUGAUUUUUUUUUUUUGGUGGAUGAUCCAUCCCUCUGUUAAAAUCCAGAGGUCAGAGCAGACUUCAGACUCCUCUGGCAAUCAACACAAACCGAGGUGGGAAAAUCCCUUUCCAGAGAGUCCAUAAUGUGAGGAAAAAACCCCAAAAUUUAACUUAAAACCUGUCCUUUCCUGCUUGUUGUGUAUUUUAGCUGUCGUAGCCGGAUGGGAUGAACAGGAAUGGAAGGAAUUGCACAAGGGGAGCAGGAGCAGCCUUCUCCUUUCUUUUUUUGUCUUUGCACUUCUUUGGAGCAUGAACCUGCUCCCAAUGCCAAAUAUUUCCUUAGGAAUCAGGGAAUGUGGGAAUGGCACUGGAGUGUUGACACACAGAUUAUUCCCAGGGCUGGAAUGGGGCAGACUGGAGCUGGGAUUUGACCUCAGGAAUUCUGCCCCCGAGCCCAGCAGGGCGGCACAUUCCCUGAUUUCCCUGGGAAUUAAAGAUCCCCGGGGUUUUGGGAGGCCCUGGAGGGUGAUGGCCACCAAUUCUGGGUCAUUUUGGGGUUUUUUUUUUGGGGGCUGCUGGAAAACUCUCAGCUCUGUUUUCCCUUCGCUCAGCCCCCCGAUUUCUUUUCUCCAAUGGAGAAGCCGAUUAUCCUGCUCUUGUCCUGAUCCAGAGGGAGGAAUUCCCUGGCACUUCCAGCAGUGCUUCUGUCCCCGUGUCCUCUCCCUUCCCUGUCCCCUCCCAGCUGGGAAAAACAGGAAUUCCAGGAGCCUGGGGGUGCUGAAAAGUUCUUCCUUAAUUAGCAGCUGCACCUGAUUUAAAUUCAGCAGAAUUUCAGCCGAUUUUCCCACAAGUUUUGCAGGCUGGCUGUUUGUCCAGGGGCAGAAUUUGAAUUCAGCCUGUGAUGGUUUUGGUGCUUUUGUUUCUCAGAGCGUGUUGCUGCUUUGGGUUGGUUUAAAAAGAUUUUUUUUUUUUCCCUUUA